AUGAGCAGCAUCAGCUCCCGGUGCCAGCCCGGCUGUGAGGUGACCUGCCCCGAGCCCUGUGCCUAUGGCAGGAGCCUUGGCUCCUGUGUGGCAGCCUGUGGGGACUCCAGGGCCGUGGUUUAUGCCCCUCCAGUCCUCAUCACCUUCCCGGGCCCCGUCGUCAGCAGCUGCCCCCAGGAAGCUUAUGUGGGGUCGUCCUUCCCGCAGCCCUCCGGUGCUCUGACCCCCAGGAUGGGGGGCUCCUACGGCUCCUAUGGCUCUGGGGGCUCCUAUGGCUCUGGGGGCUCCUAUGGCUCUGGGGGCAUGUCAGGAAUGGGGGGCUCCUCUGGCUCUGGGGGCUCCUCUGGCUCAGGGGGGAUGUCGGGCAUGGGGGGCUCCUCUGGAUGCUGCAGCUCCGGGGGCUCCUCGAGGCUGGGGGGGUGUUACAGCAGGAGGUUCUACACCAGCCUCUGCUCCCGCCUGGGAAACUGA